GAUUAUACUAGUAAAAUGGGUCUUUACACACUAUUCAUUUUGUUGCUUCCACUCGUACUUUUCCUAUUAUCAUUGAUAGGUAUAUUCUUCCUACUUAUUAGAUACAUUGCUGACUGUUGUAAAGGACCCGGUAAACGAAAGUAUGCAAUGCGAGGUUGUCCAUCUCGCGUUGGGGCAUACAUACUAGGCUGUGGCGGCUAUUUAGCCCUUGUCAUCACAGUGGUAUUCGUUAUUCUAUUGGUCGUUUCCUUUAUGCUUGCUUUUGCAUCCAUGUUCAUUUGUAUGGGCGUAUUUGAAGAUAAAGAUUUGCGCGUUUUAUUUGCUUUGCCGAGACGAGAAUUUCGGAGCAGUAUUAGCACUAGGAAUAUAACUCUUACCCUGCACGAUACCCUUUACAAAUGCAAGAACGAUUAUUCGUUCUUUGACGCUAUCAAUGGUGAACAGAUUUGGGCUCAGGAAGAGCUUCGCACUAGGUUAUCAGCGCUGCGAAAAACUAGUUUUCGCCGAAAAAUUCGUAAUUUUUAUGUUAAUGGAACGCUGAACGAUGAUUUGGAUGCUAUGCUCCUGCAACUCAGGGUAAAGUUUUAA